AUGAUAAAGCAGUUUGUCAAAGACAACUUAUUCAAAUUUGGAGGUGUGGGCUUUUCUCCUGUUCUGUUCAUUGAGUCACUUCACAAGCAACUCAACGAAUGCAGCUCUGAAUUCAGUAUCAACAUGGAGGCGGUAGAGACAGGCCCUGAUGAAGAUGUGAGGCAAAGGAGAUUCCAAGAGCAGGCUAAGGAGAAACAGGAAUCACGAGAGAAGAGCUCACUGCUGCAGAAGCAGAAAGUCUUUGCUGAAAGCCAGUCCUUGCUUGAUGAGCUUCUGGAAGUACAACAUUUCCGCACCAUCUACAACAUUUUUGUGGCCGUGUUCUGUGUCUUUGUUCUCAGGACAGUCGUUGUGGAUUCCCUUGAUGAAGGAUGUUUUGUCCUGGAUUUUGAGCUGAUCAUCUUUGUUUUUGGACAGCUACACGUGGCACUCUUGGCUUGGAUCAUCAUGUUCCUCUACACCUUAUUAGUGCCCUACAAGGUCCUGCAAAUGUGGGCCAGCUCCUUGAAGACUUUCCAGUUCCCCACUUUCCUCAUAGUUGCUGCAGCAAUGGUAUUGCUGGUCUGCCAUGCCACUGUGUUGGGCUUCUAUCCCAUCUACAUUGUCCUCUCACAUCCUUUUGGGCCUGGCUCCCGUUUCAUCAUCAUCUGUGAGCAGAUCCGUUUCCUGAUGAAAAGCCAUUCCUUCCUGCGGGAAACUGUGCCUCUCAUCCUUCGGGCCAGAUCAAAUGAUGGAAAAUUGCAGCCACCUCAAUUCUCUACUUACCUAUAUUUUCUCUUCUGCCCUGCUUUGAUCUACAGGGAGAGCUACCCAAGGACACCCUGUGUUCGCUGGAGGUACGUCAUCGAGAACUUUGCUAAGUUCCUUGGGUGCCUGUUUUAUGGAUCCUACAUCCUCAAGUGCCUCUGUAUUCCUGUCUUCAGCAACAUGAACAAGCAACCCUUCACUCUCAGAACCCUGAUGCUCUGUGUCUUCAGUGCAACACUGCCAGCUUUAUAUUUGGUACUGCUGAUUUUCUUUUGCUUCUUCCACUGUUGGCUUAACGCCUUUGCCGAAGUUCUGCGCUUUGCUGACCGCACUUUCUACAAGGACUGGUGGAACUCCACAUCUUUGUUUGGAUUUUACCGGACAUGGAAUGUGGUAGUACAUGACUGGCUGUACUAUUAUAUCUAUCAGGACCUCCUGUGGGUAUUCAAAGCAAAGGCUCGGCCUGUGGCUCUGCUGUCUACCUUCGUUAUUUCAGGUGCUGUCCAUGAAUAUAUCUUCACACUGUGCUUCGGAUUCUUCUGUCCAGUGAUGUUCACAUUAUGGAUCUUGGCCAUCUCAGGAGGGAGCAUUGCCAGCAGUUACAAGAACAGAAGUCCCAACUGGAACAUCUUAUUCUGGACAUCCUUCCUGCUGGGUCUAGCAUUUCAGUUCAGCAUACAGUCCAUAGAGUGGUAUGCCCAAAUCCACUGUCCAGUCCAGAAGAGGACAUUCUGGACAAGAGUGAUCCCGCGAUUCUGGUCCUGCUAUUCAUAG